UCGCGCCCUCCCCCCGCUCCCCUGACCGACCGACCCGCGCGAGAUUCGGCGGAGUCGUCGGGGGCAGCCGGCCGGCCGGCGGCCGCCAUGUUGGGGUCCAGGGUCCAGGAUGAGGUGGAGAUGCAGCGGCGGACCACCAACAGAAUCUUUCCUGAUGAGAGACAAGACCAACCUAAGCUGCCGUUUCAAGCUGUGCGGGUCGACAGGUUCGCAGCAAACAAGAUAGAUGCAAAGAACCUCGAGAAGCUUAAGCUGUUGAAUGAAGGCCACAAGCCAUGGGAGUAUGGCGCGGAUCCCGGAAGCAGGAUGAUACUGAACUGGAACAGGGUGUACCUGGUGGCCUGCUUGUUCGCGCUUUUCGUUGAUCCUUUCUUCUACUACCUGCCGUUUGUCAGACAACAAGGACAAACUUCAUGUAUUGCCAAGGACCGGAGAUUGAUCUCAACUAUCACAGCUCUGCGUUCGCUUGCCGACUUGUUUUACUUGCUGAACAUUGUGGUCAAGUUCCAUACUGCGUAUGUGGACCCCAAGUCCAGAGUCCUUGGGAAGGGAGAGCUUAUUGUGGAUCUGAAGAAGAUCCAGCGGCGAUAUAUCAGAACAUACUUUCUUGUUGACUUGUUUGCAGCUGUGCCACUUCCACAGGUUACCGUGGGGUUAGUCAUGCCUGGGAUAAAAAACCCAGAUUAUAACAUCCGAAACACUACAUUUGCUCUUAUUAUUAUGAUUCAGUAUGUCUUAAGAAUGGGUCUCAUUGUACCAUUGAGCAAUCGAAUUAUCAAAGCUGCUGGAGUAGUUACAAAGUCAGCUUGGGGAGGAGCAGCAUACAAUCUUCUGCUCUACAUGCUUGCAAGCCAUAUUACUGGAGCAGUAUACUAUCUUCUCUCUGUUGAACGGCAGAUUACAUGUUGGAAUCAGCAGUGCCUCAAUGAGACGAACAUAUCUUGCGACCUUAACUUUAUAAACUGCGAAAAGGCUGGUUCUAUUGGAUAUCUUGAUUGGCAAAGUAAAACACAAGUAUUUAACUACUGUGAUGCCAACCUUAAUCCUCCAAAUUUUGUCUACGGAAUGUUCUCAGAUGCAUUGACUAAGGGUGCUGUCUCAACUUCAUUCCGUGAGAAGUACUUCUAUUGUCUGUGGUGGGGCUUGUUGCAACUUAGUUCAAGUGGAAAUCCUCUUAAAACAAGUGCAUUCAUUGUAGAGAAUGUAUUUGCCAUUGCAAUCGGUGCUAUCAGUCUCAUUCUCUUUGCUCAGCUGAUUGGCAAAAUGCAGACAUACUUGCAGUCUGUAAGCAAAAGGCUUGAAGAGUGGAGAUUGAGGCAAAGGGACAUGGAGGAGUGGAUGAGGCAUCACCAACUCCCACCCUAUCUUCAAGAACGUGUCCAGCGGUUUGUUCAAGUUAAAUGGCUUGCAACACGAGGCGUGGAAGAAGAAUCGAUUUUGCAAUCUUUGCCUGCUGAUAUACGCCGGGAUGUACAGCGCCAUCUUUGCUUGGAUCUUGUUCGACGUGUCCCCUUUUUCGCUGAGAUGGACGACCAACUUCUUGAUGCCAUCUGCGAGCGGCUUGUGUCAUUCCUGUGCCCGGAGGGCACAUACAUUUCUCGCGAGGGCGAUCCCGUGAACGAGAUGCUUUUCAUCAUCCGUGGCAAGCUGGAGAGCUCCACUACCAACGGAGGCCGGAGCAACUUCUUCAACUCUAUCCUCCUAGAACCCGGUCAUUUCGCUGGUGAGGAGCUGCUCACCUGGGCCCUGCUUCCCAAGACCAACGUCCACUUCCCACUCUCCACGAGGACCGUGCGGAGCCUCACGGAGGUGGAAGCCUUCGCCCUGCGAGCCGAGGACCUCAAAUUCGUAGCGAACCAGUUCCGGAGGCUGCACAGUAAGAAGCUGCAGCACACGUUCCGGUUCUACUCGCACCACUGGAGGACAUGGGCCGCCUGCUUCAUCCAGGCGGCAUGGCGGCAGCACCAGCGAAGGAAGCUGUCCGAGAGCCUGAGCCGGCGGGAGUCAUACUCAUGGUGGUCAGAAGAACACCCUGUUGCUGAUAAGCCUAAACAGGAGGGCACCUCGGGCGGCGGCGCAAGAACUGCCGCGGAGGGCGCCGCCCAGAUGCACAAGUUUGGCUCCGCUUCCAGAAGGUUCCGCAACGACGACAGCGUCAUCCGCAGGCUGCAGAAGCCUGAUGAGCCUGAUUUCUCCGCGGACCAUUUCGACUGAAGCUGAUUUUUUGCCAGUGAUAAUGUAUAUCUUGGUACCACUACCGUUUUCUCUCUGUGCAUUGUGUGUUGUUCUGAACAUCAGCUAUAUUGUAAAUUUAGUACGUACAUCAGAAAUCUAGGAGUUGUCAGCGUCAUAGAUCGCACCUUACUAAUGUAUAAAAUACGUAUCCUUUUGUGUAUAUCACAUUUUCAUCAUGUUAAGUUUGAGAUUUUCUGAAGCCAUGCUUCAGGAAUCAGGAUCCUUUUUGAGUGAGAAUAUUGUAAAAUCAACUUUAAAACUGAA